AUGCGAUUGAUCCUGUUUUUUGGUGCCCUUUGGGGGCAUAUCCUCUGUCGAGAAACAUCUGCGGGAGACCAAGUUCUUGAGAUCACACCAAGGAGUGAAGAACAAAUAAAAGCUCUGGUGGAAUCGGAGGCUGAAGAACAUCUUCAGCUUGAUUUCUGGAAAUCACCCACCAUCCCAGGAGAGACAAUCCAUGUCCGAGUUCCCUUUGUCAGCAUCCAGGCAGUCGAAGUUUCCUUAAAGUCCGAGGGAAUUGCUCUUUCCAUUGUGAUUGAAGAUGUUCAAGCUCUCUUGGACAAGGAGAAUGAAGAAAUGUUACUUACUAAGAGAAGAGAACAGAAUGGUAACUUCAACUUUGAGGCUUAUUAUACCUUGGAAGAGAUUUCCUGAGAGAUGGAUAACCUCGUUGCUGAGCACCCUGGUCUAGUGAGCAAAGUGAACAUUGGCUAUUCUUUCAAAAACCGGCCCAUGAACGAGCUCAAGUUCAUCACGGGAGGAGACAAGCUGGCUAUCUGGCUAGAGGCUGGGAUCCAUGCUGGUGAGUGGGUUACACAAUCUACUGCACUGUGAACUGCAAAUAAGGUCAUCUCUGAUUAUGGAAAUGACCCAUCCAUCACUUUAUUGGAUACGAUGGACAUCUUCCUGCUCUCUGAUGGCUAUGUGUUCUCUCAAACAAAGAAUCGUAUGUGGCAGAAGACCCAAUUCAAGGUAUCUGGAAGCCUCAGUGUUGGUGUUGAUCCUAACCGGAACUGGGACGUGGGUUUUGGAGGACCUGGAGCCAGCAAUAACCCUUGCUCUGACUCAUACCAUAGACCCAGUGCCAACUCUGAAGUUGAAGUGAAAUCCAUAGUGGACUUUAUCAAGAGUCCUGGAAAAGUCACGGCCUUCAUUACCUUCCACAGCUAUUCCCAGCUGCUGAUGUUCCCCUAUGGGUAUACAUGUGCCGAGUCACAUAAAUUUGAUGAGCCUUCACAUGUGGCCCAAAAGGCUGCCCAGUCUCUGACAAGCCUGCAUGGCACCAAGUACAAAGUGGGACCUGUCUGCUCAGUCAUCUACCAAGCCAGUGGAGGAAGCAUUGACUGGUCCUAUGACUCUGGAAUCAAAUACUCAUUUGAAUUUGAACUGGGAGACACAGAUCGAUAUGACUUCCUCCUGCUGGCCAAUCAGAUCUUACCCACAGUGAAAGAGACCUGGUUUGGCUUGAAGACAGUCAUGGAGCAUGUGUGAGACCACCCCUAUUAA